UAUCGGCAAUUUUUCCUUUCUUUACUACUCUGGGCAUGGCGGAUCGAGCUUGGCCGCCAUUGUUCGUCAUUGCCGUGGAGAUCCUGCUGCUCGCGCUCUUCUGCGGAGCGAGCGCCGGCGAUCGGGAUCCCAGCUACAGGGAUUGCGUGGAGUCGUGCCAGAGCAGCGGCUGCAUCGGGGAUCUGUGCUUCUCAUCGUGCAAUGCGUCCACAUUCUCUGGAAAGAAAGAGGAGGAGCCGAUCUAUUUGAGCAUCACACGAUGGGAUUGUCCGAGCGAGUGUCGCUACCAAUGCAUGACCCGGCGAGAAGAUGAAAGAGCUCUGGCCGGAGGGAAGCCUGUCAAGUAUCACGGAAAGUGGCCGUUUGAUCGAAUUUAUGGUGUCCAGGAACCCGCUGCCGUGUUCUUCUCGCUACUUAAUCUCUUCGCUCACGUCUGGGGUCUCGGAUCCUUCCUCUCCACUGUGUACUACGAGCUUCCUCGAGGAAGAAAAGGACCAUACUACGAAUUCGUGGGACUCUGGACGGUGUAUGGGCUGCUUUCGAUACAUUCCUGGUUUUGGAGCGUGGUCUUUCAUACAAGAGACACGCCAGUUCACGAGAGCUGGGACUACUCCUCAGCCGUGGCCACGCUUGGCUUCUCGCUCAUCUUGGCCAUCACUAGAACACUGAGCAUCAAAACCGAGGCGGCUCGAGUCAUGGUCUCCGCGCCGUGCAUUGGUUUCAUAGCGACUCACAUUUGCUACCUCAACUUUUACGAAUUCGACUACGGCUGGAACAUGAUCGUGUGCGUGGUGAUGGGUCUAAGCCAACUUCUCUUCUGGCUGGUUUGGGCCAUCGUCUCCAAGCAUCCAUCGAGAUUAAAGGUAUGGACUGUGGGACUGGGAACUUUGGGGGCGAUGCUGCUCGAGCUAUACGAUUUUCCGCCGCUGGGAGGCCAGUUUGAUGCUCACUCGCUGUGGCAUUUGGGGACGAUCCCUCUCACUUUUCUCUGGUGGAGCUUUGUCAAGGACGACGCCGUCGCGAGAACGUCAAGGCUCGUCAAGAGGAACCAAACCGUGAAGAAAGUAGAGUGAAGGAAAUGGGCUGUAUAGGAUUUUUGUAAAAUGGAAUAUGCUUUUCCAAAACCUUGUUUAA